CGAUAAGCUGAAAUGAAAGGAAACGCGGAACUGUCAAAUUCCGUCUCCAUUUUUCAUUCUUUUUCAUCUGAAAGUUGGGUAUAAACCACGUUUCAAGAGAGGCAAAAAAACCAACGAAAAUGCAGAUAUUUGUAAAAACUUUGACCGGUAAGACCAUCACACUUGAGGUCGAGCCGAGUGACACAAUCGAAAAUGUCAAAGCGAAAAUCCAAGACAAAGAGGGUAUUCCACCAGAUCAGCAACGUCUAAUUUUUGCUGGCAAACAAUUGGAAGAUGGACGUACAUUGUCCGACUACAACAUCCAAAAGGAAUCAACACUCCAUUUGGUGUUACGUCUACGUGGUGGUAUCAUCGAACCAUCAUUGCGUAUUUUGGCACAAAAGUACAAUUGCGACAAAAUGAUUUGCCGUAAAUGCUAUGCCCGUUUGCAUCCGAGAGCAACCAAUUGCCGUAAGAAGAAGUGCGGCCACACCAACAAUUUGCGCCCAAAGAAGAAGUUGAAGUAGACGAUCGUAUUUUGUGCUGUAUGUCUGGCGGAAAACAAAGUUUGGAUUCGUCCACUGUUGUUAUCAUUUUGAAUAUCGAAAUUGUGUGAAUCAUUCAAUGGGUACAGCUUGAAUAAACUUCGUUUUCUGAUAUUGGACAAGA